GAUCGAGAUAGAGUAAUAGAUUUCCUUACUUUAUCUCUGGCCAGCCUCUUUUCAAUACAACUGUAAGUUCGUGCUGGGUUUGCAAGAUGAAGCUGAGUCGUUUGGAAAAGCUAACUUUCCCUAUUUUCUUAUUUGUGUUUGAAGUCAUAUUUCUGGUCAUCUACGGUUUGUUGGUUCGCUAUGAUGAAGCUGGAGCACCCCAUCAAGACCUGGUAGCAGUGUCACAGCAUGUAGAAGCAGGUGGCACUGCUGACGAGUUCACUCGCAACCUCCAGUCUUCUCUCUCCACCGUUAAGACGUACCCCUUUUUCCAAGAUGUCCACGUUAUGAUCUUCAUCGGAUUUGGGUUUCUGAUGACUUUCCUUCGUCGCUAUGGGUUUGGGAGUGUUGCGUUCAACAUGCUGGUGGCUGCUUUUGCCAUCCAGUGGUACACCAUUGCCAGCGGUGUGUACACCUUCAUUGAGCAAUCAAAGACAAACACAUGUUGCAGCAUUCAUGUUAGCAUUGAGAGCAUGGUAACUGCUGACUUUGGAGCUGCAGCUGCACUGAUAACCAUGGGAGCAGUUCUGGGUCGAGCCAGUCCAUUCCAACUCAUUGUCAUCACAUUCUUUGAGAUUAUCUUUUACUCCUCUAAUGAAGCUCUUAACCAUUUCGUGUUCAAAGCUGCAGACAUCGGUGGCUCUAUGCUCAUCCACACUUUUGGGGCUUACUUUGGACUGGGUGUUUCCGUGAUGCUCUACAGAAAGAAGGCUAGUAACCAUCCCAAAAACUCAACUGUUUAUCACUCAGACCUCUUCGCCAUGAUCGGUGCAAUAUUCCUGUGGAUGUUCUGGCCCAGUUUUAACGGAGCUUUAGCGUCAGGCAAUGCCCAGUAUAGAGCAGUGAUCAACACUUACUACUCCAUGACCGCCAGUGUCAUCUCCACUUUCAUCUUCUCUAUGCUCUUCAACAAUAAGAGAAAGCUUGAUAUGACGCAUAUCCAGAAUGCUUCUUUGGCUGGAGGCGUGGCAGUUGGCUCUGUGGCAGACAUGGUUUUGCAACCUUGGGGGGCACUGCUUAUCGGGUUCCUCGCUGGCUUCAUUUCGGUGGUGGGAUACAGACUCUUUAGUGACUGCCUUGAGAAGAUAUACAUUCAAGACACUUGUGGGGUUCACAAUCUUCAUGGAUUGCCUGGUGUAUUCUCUGGAAUAGCCUCUGCUAUUGCAGCAGGCGUAGCCGAGAUUUCCGCAGCUGAUGGAAAGGUUGCCUAUGGACCCAGUCUGUACCUAGUAUUUCCUGCGCGAACCCCAAGUGCCAACGUGACUGAGUUUUCAGGUCUUGGGAUAUCACCUUCAGUAGGGAGAGAUGCUGGGACACAAGCUGGCUUUCAGUUAGCCCUCUUAGCCUCUACACUGACUAUUUCAAUAGCGGGAGGAUUGCUAACGGGUGCUAUUGUGCAUUGUCUGCCAGCAUUCAAUAAUCUGGAUGAUGAGCAUUUGUAUGAUGAUGAGGAAUUCUGGGAGCUCCCAGAUGAUGCUGACAAUUAUCUACCAGUGCUGGUUUCCCAACAAGAUCACCAAGAGCCUGAUGGUCAAUAUGAGACUACUAUAGGACUGCGACAGAGGGAGGUUCGUGGUCGCCAAAGCUCUAUGGCUCCUGAUGAGAUGAAGCAGUCAACAGUGUAACAAGGAUCAAGGCAGUGCAAGCUCAUGCAGACUGUAAUUUGAUAGUGACACGUACAUGCAUCACAUAAAUAUUUAGCUUGUCGUGGGGGUACUGUAUUGUCCCCUACUACUUUGUUAUUCUUUUUGUAUGAUUCUACACUUUUUUUUAGUAAGUGGAUUUAUAGGAAUCGUA